AUGGACUCUGCCAAGCUGCUUCCCGUGGCCCGUUUGGUCUGCCCAAUAGGGGCUUCAAUCAGCGUCCUCGUGACUAUGGUCACGUGCGUCAUUAUUGUCAAAGUGAACCACAUUUGGGUCAGUGGGCUCACGUGGCCCUUCCUCUCCGACAUGGGGCGAGAUUACCCGGCUUACUACGUGUUUGCCACGGGGCUCACGAUUGUUUCGGUACUGCUUGUAAUCACCUGGACGCUCAAUUGGCGCUACCACAUGUCGGCUCUGCCGCCGGACGAGGCCGUCUAUCGAGCAAUUUCGUUCGUCGCUUUCAUCGCUGGUGUCAUGGCGAACCCAGGUCUUCCGAUUCUGGCAUACUUUGAUACGUCCAAGCACUCGAAGCUUCAUGCCGCGGGGGCCGAGUGGUUUUUCUACAUGGAAACCAUUGCCGUUCUGCUGAACACUAUCGUAAGCUACAAGCUGUACAAAAUGUUGACAGGGUUGCGAAUGGACCUAGAGAAUUCGUGUUCUACCGUGGGAUCAAAACUGCAGAGGAGGAGAAAGACGUUAACGAUUCAAGUGCUCUUCUUUUCGCUGUUUUUCGUGGCUUUCCUCCUCUACAUGCCGAUUGGAACGGCAGUGGCACCAAAGCCAUUUCGUCUCUCCAUCGAUGACUGUAUCGACAAGGGGUUAGGAGAGACGUACUGUGGGGUGACGAUGCGUCUGAACUCGACCUCUACGACACUGUACGACGAUGUAAAGACAUACGGCACGAGCCAAAUGCGGGCUGCUGCCCAACUUGCCUGCAUCCUGACGCUGGUAGGAUAUUCAACUUCUUUCAUCACAAAUGACUACGACGAUUCGAUCGGACAGAUCUUUACUCCGGAUGCCAAGAUUGCCGUGCUGCAGUAG